AUGGGCAUGAGGAUCAAACUGCAAAGCACCAACCACCCCAACAACCUGCUGAAAGAACUCAACAAGUGCCGGCUCUCGGAGACCAUGUGCGAUGUCACCAUCGUGGUGGGGAGCCGUUCCUUCCCGGCCCACAAAGCUGUGCUGGCCUGUGCGGCUGGCUACUUCCAGAACCUCUUCCUCAACACUGGGCUUGAUGCUGCCAGGACCUACGUGGUGGACUUCAUCACCCCUGCCAACUUCGAGAAGAUCCUGAGCUUUGUCUACACGUCAGAACUCUUCACGGACCUGAUCAACGUCGGGGUCAUCUAUGAGGUUGCGGAGCGUCUGGGUAUGGAGGAUCUCCUCCAGGCCUGUCACUCCACCUUUCCUGACCUGGAGAGCACUGCCAUGGCCAAGCCCCUGACCAGCACCAGCGAGAACCACUCUGGUACCCCGAGUUGUAGCUCAGCAGAACACCCCCAUCCCCUUGGAGAACUCCGGGGUGGCGGGGAGCACUUUGGUCCUGAUAGAAACUAUGUGUUACCUAGUGAUGCUGGAGGAAGCUAUAAAGAGGAGGAGAGAAAUGUUACCAGUGACACUAACCACAGCUUGCAGCCCCUGCCACCAAAGUCAGAAGACCACGAUGCCCCUGCUCCGUUCACAUCCGUCCCCAGCGUGGUGGCCCAGCCAGUCCUGGGCACUGUCAGCACGGGCAUCCAAACCAGCACCAGUUCCUGCCAGCCAUACAAAGUUCAGAGCAAUGGAGACUUUGGUAAGAACAGCUUCUUCACCCCUGACAGUGCAGUAGACAUUACCACUGGGACCAACUCCUGUCUGAGCAACAGCGACCAUUCCAAAGACCCAAGCUUUGGGCAGAUGGAUGAGCUCCAACUGGAGGACCUGGGGGAUGACGACCUGCAGUUUGAAGACCCCACAGAGGAGAUUGGCACAGCUGAGGAGGUGAUUGAGUUGAGUGACGACAGUGAGGAUGAGCUAACUUUUGGAGAGAGUGAAAACCGAGAGAAUAAGGCCAUGCCCUGCCAGGUAUGCAAGAAGGUUCUAGAGCCCAACAUUCAACUGAUCCGACAACAUGCUCGCGACCACGUGGACCUGCUGACUGGCAACUGCAAGGUCUGUGAGACCCAUUUCCAGGACCGGAACUCCCGGGUCACCCAUGUUCUCUCCCACAUCGGGAUUUUCCUCUUCUCCUGCGACAUGUGUGAAACUAAGUUCUUUACCCAGUGGCAACUGACCCUCCACCGACGGGAUGGAGUAUUUGAGAACAACACCAUCGUCCACCCCAACGACCCGUUGCCUGGGAAGCUGGGUCUCUUUGCAGGGGCGGUCUCUGCAGAGCUGAAAUGUGCUGCCUGUGGGAAGGCAUUGGCCAAAGAUUUCCACGUGGUCCGGGGCCAUAUCCUUGACCAUCUGAACCUGAAGGGCCAGGCCUGCAGUGUCUGCGACCAGCGCCACCUUAACCUCUGCAGCCUCAUGUGGCACACACUUGCCCACCUAGGCAUCUCUGUCUUUUCUUGCUCCGUGUGUGCAAACAGCUUUGUGGACUGGCAUCUCCUGGAGAAGCACAUGGCUGUGCACCAAAGCCUGGAAGAUGCCCUCUUCCACUGCCACUUGUGCAGCCAGAGCUUCAAGUCGGAGGCUGCCUAUCGCUACCACGUCAGCCAGCACAAGUGCAACAGUGGCCUUGAUGCACGGCCUGGCUUUGGGCUCCAGAACCCAGCUCUCCAGAAGCGGAAGCUGCCGGCCGAGGAGUUCCUGAGUGAGGAACUGGCGCUGCAGGGUCAGCCUGGGAACAGCAAGUAUAGCUGCAAGGUGUGCGGCAAAAGAUUUGCCCACACGAGUGAGUUCAACUACCAUCGGCGGAUCCACACGGGCGAGAAGCCGUACCAGUGCAAGGUGUGCCACAAGUUCUUCCGCGGCCGCUCGACCAUCAAGUGCCACCUGAAGACGCACGCGGGGGCGCUCAUGUACCGCUGCACGGUCUGCGGCCACUACAGCUCCACGCUCAACCUCAUGAGCAAGCACGUCGGCGUGCACAAAGGCAGCCUCCCCCCUGACUUCACCAUCGAGCAGACCUUCAUGUACAUCAUCCAUUCCAAAGAAGCGGACAAGAACCCGGACAGCUGA